GUAGAGGUUUAGUAGAUUACCGUAAAGUAACUUAAAGGUCGGGAAAUGGCAGUAGUUGACAGCUUCGACUUUCUGCUGAAAGAAUUAGAAAGAACCUGUACAAAUACCAGAGAUAUUUUAGCAGUUAUUGGUGUAUUAUAUGCUUGUAAACGAACGCUACAAUGUCUCACAGGAUUAAUUAAAGCAACAAACGACCAUCUCCUGAGCAAACUUUCCUAUAUCAGCAACUACAAAAAACGUUUUGGACCAUGGGCGGUUGUAACUGGUAGUAGUGAAGGUAUUGGAUUAGCCUAUGCCAAAGAACUUGCCAAUAGAGGAUUGAAUAUUGUUAUGAUAAGUAGAGGAGAAAAUAAAUUAUACAGAGCAGCUAAAGAUAUAGAAGAACAAUAUAAAGUGGAAACCUGUACAAUAGCAGUUGACUUUGCUCAUGGUAAAGAAAUCUACGAGAAGAUUUGGAAUCUAAUUAAAGACAAAGAAAUUGGUAUACUAGUAAACAAUGUUGGUGUGAUGUAUGAAUUUCCUCAGCUUUUCUUAGAUGUUCCUGUAGAGAGAUUAUGGUCAUUAGUGAAUGUCAAUGUGGCAGCAGCAACUAUGAUGACACACCUUAUAAUGCCACAGAUGGUUCAAAGGAAAAAAGGAGCUAUAGUUAUGGUGUCCUCAGGUUCAUGUUCAAAAAUAACUCCACAAAUGACGGUGUAUGCUGCUACAACGUAUUUCCUGGACUAUUUUGCCAGGGGAUUACAAUAUGAGUACAGGAACUCAGGAGUAAUUGUACAGUCUCUGAUGCCGUUUUAUGUUGCCACCAGAAUGACACGCUAUAGUCAGACAUUAUCUAAACCUGGUUUAUUUAUACCAUCAGCAGAUACCUAUGCCAAAUCAGCAAUAGCUACACUGGGAUACAGUAGUAGAACAUCAGGAUACUGGCCACAUACUAUACAGGCAUGGAUAUCAGAUAGCAUUCCUGAAUGGCUAUGGAUGUGGGGAGCCACAAGACUGAAUAAUGCCUUACGUAGACAGGGACAAGAAAAGUUACACCAUAAAAAAACACUCAGGAAAAGGGGAAGUGAACUGUCUAUUGGAUCAGAUUCUUGAUGUUAAGAGAAAAUUAGAACAAACUAUUAUGCAUGUACUAAUUUAUGAGAAUAGUGAAAAUUACAUUGCGAAGAUUUUUCUUCUAUUAAGAUGUAUUACUGAAGUAAUUUAACAUUCAUGUGAAACUGAUACUGGUUUAGUUCUAAGAGUUGAAAACUGUUUAAUUCAAUUUCUGUUUGAGAUUGUUGUUGGACAAGUUUGAUAUAUUUUACAGAAAAAAUAGUUAUAACUGAAUGAAUUUCCUAAUUUUUUUCCAAUAUUAAAAAUUAAUAAAUUUUGUAUACUAUAAAUACAGAAUUUGGGCAUG